AUGAGUAACAUAAAAUAUAAAGAUCAAUUUGUUAAAAUGGGCCAGGAAGGCCCUCGAAAUGUUACCACUACAAAUUUUUAUGGUAGCUAUUUUUUAACAGAAAAUGAAAAUUUUUUUGAUAUUAAAAAAUUUGAAGAAAAUUUAGAAAUGAAAAUAAUAAAAAACGAAGAAAACUUAUUAAUAUUAGAAAUUAAAAAUUUAAAUGUGUCAAUAGCUAAUGCAUUAAGAAGAAUUAUGAUUUCAGAAGUUCCAACAAUUGCUAUAGAAAAAGUAAAUAUAUUUCAAAAUACAGGAGUAAUAGCAGAUGAAAUAUUAUGCCAUAGAUUAGGUUUAAUACCUUUCAAAUUUGAUGCAGAUUUAAUAAAUUUUAAAGAUACACAUGAAAAAUAUAAUAAUUUAAAUUGUUUUUGUUUCAAACUUCAUGUAAAAUGUAAUUCUAUAAAUAAUAAUAAAAUUGGAAAUGAAAAUUAUCAAUGCAUUUAUUCUAAAGAUUUAAAAUGGUGCCCAUUAAAUGAAGAACAAAAAAUUAAAUUUGAAAGUAAUCCACCAAAAGUAGUUGAUGAUAAUAUUUUAAUAACAAAAUUAGGAAAUGGACAAGAAAUAGAACUUAUUUGUUUUUUAGAAAAGGGAAUUGGAAAAACACAUGCAAAAUGGUCGCCUGUAUGUACUGCUGUAUAUAAAAUGUUUCCCACUUUUGAUUUUGAUGUACAUGAAAAAUUUACUAAUUAUGAAAAAAAAGAUAUACUUAGUAUUUGUCCAAAAAAUGUUUUUGAUAUAGAAGAAAGUGGAAAUUUAGUUGCAAAAAACCCUCUUGAUUGUUCUUCAUGUAGAGCAUGUAUUGAAAAAUAUCCACAAAAAAUAUCAUUUCAAAAAAAAAAAAACCAUUUUAUUUUUACUGUUGAAUCAACGGGUUGUUUUUCUUCUGCAAAUAUUUUCAAGAAAGCAUUAAAUAUUUUGAAAGAAAAGGUUAUGAAUGUUAAGGAAAUGUUAGAAGAACAAACAUAA